CCACCUCUAGAGCAAGCGGGGAGCGUGGGCACCUCUCCCCUUCCUCCUGCCUUGCCCCUCGCCGGAGGGGCUCCACCUCCGCCCGCGCUCCCAGGGUAUUUGUUGUUGCGCGCAGGGUGCAGCGCAGCUCCAGCCGCACUCGCUGCCGAGCUCGAAGAGUAACUGGGCGCCCCUAGGCAGCGCCUUGCUCCCGGCGCCUGCUGCCAUGGGACCCAAGGCCGCCUCCGGCUUCUACCUGGGCAGGAAGCCCGCCGCCCUGCUCGCGCUGCUGCUGGCCGCGCUGCUGCUGGCCCUGGCCGUGCUGGGGGCUCUGUACGGGCGCUGCCUGCAGGAGGUGGAGGAGCUGCGGGCGGCAGCGGCUCCCCCCUCGCCCACAGCCGGCCCGGAGGCGGAGGGCGCCGGCUGCUGCCCCCCAACUCCCAGUCCCGGCAGUACGCGCCCGCCGGGGGUCUGGGACAACUCCCGCCUGCCCCGCGCUCUGCUGCCCCUCCACUACGAGCUGCGGCUCUGGCCCCGGCUGAGCCCCGGCCAGCCCGGCCCCUUUGUCUUCUCCGGGCAGGUGAACAUCACGGUGCGCUGCGCCCAGGACACGGCCACCGUCCUGCUGCACAGCUCCGAGCUGGAGCUGUGGGGGGCGGCUGUGCGGGGGCCCCUGCUCGAGGGGCCGGACGGCGGCGGCGGCGGCGGCGGCAUCGAGGUGGCGGAGCUGUGGCUGGAGGAGCGGCAGGAGUACGCGGUGCUGGAGCUGCGGCGGAGCCUGCGGGCAGGCGGGCGCUACGUGCUGCAGCUCAGCUUCAGGGGGCCCCUGAGCGAGAAUCUGGACGGGCUCUUCCUCACCCGCUACACGGACCAGGGGCAGAGCAGUAUGCUGAUUGCAUCACAGCUUGAACCAACAUAUGCCAGGACUGUUUAUCCCUGCUUUGAUGAACCUGCCAUGAAGGCAACCUUUAAUAUCAUAAUUGUCCAUCAUCCCAGUUAUGUGGCCCUGUCCAACAUGCCUGCUAUAGAUACAUCUGAAAUGAAAGAUGAGAAUGGAAGCCUAUGGACUGUUACCACAUUUAACACGACACUGAAAAUGUCAACUUAUCUAACUGCUUUUGUGGUUUGUGAUUUUGAUUACAUCACCAGGACUGAAAGGGGCAAUGAGAUACGUAUUUGGGGUCGUAAAGAAGCAAUUAAAAAUGGUCAUGCUGACUAUGCUUUAAAUAUCACAGGCCCACUUUUUUCAUUUCUGGAAGAUUUAUUUAACAUCAGCUACCCUCUUUCAAAAACAGAUCUGGUUGCACUGCCUGAUUUUGGAGCAGGUGCUAUGGAAAACUGGGGGCUAAUGACUUUCCGAGAAUCAGCCUUGAUGUACAUCCCAAGUGAUCAAUUCGGAAGCAAAAAGACUAUGAUUUGCCUAAUUGUUUCACAUGAGCUAGGACACCAGUGGUUUGGAAAUCUGGUUACCAUGAAUUGGUGGAAUGAUCUAUGGCUUAAUGAAGGAUUUGCAUCUUACUUUGAAUACAUUGGUGCUAGCUACAUAGAACCCAGACUACCACUGAAUAAAUUCUUUUAUUAUCACAUGUUACAACCUGUCUUAAGGGAGGAUAAAGAAAUAGCAGCUCAGUCAUUAUCAUCAAGAGAAGAAAAAAUCAAUGGAACAUUUUCACUAGUUGGCCUAUUUGACAUCUUCACUUACAACAAGGGGGCCUCCAUUAUCUGGAUGCUUUCCAGCUUUCUGACUGAGAGGCUGUUUAUCAAAGCACUCAGUUCAUACCUGAAAGCAUUUUCCUUUUCAAGCGUUAACCAAGAUGAUCUGUGGACACACAUACAAAUGGUUGUAGAUGCACAGAAUGAAGUUCAGUUGCCAGCAUCAGUAAAAAAAAUAAUGGAUUCCUGGACAUGCCAAAAUGGGUUUCCAGUUUUAACAUUCAAUCUGUCCACCGGCAUUAUCCGUCAGGAACAAUUUUAUAAUAAAAGGACACAAAACAAUACUACUUACAAUAACACAUGGAUUGUUCCUAUUUCUUGGAUAAGAAAUGGAUCUGCACAACCCUUAGUCUGGCUAGAUAAAAGUAGCAAAAUGUUUCCUGAAAUGCAAAUAUCAGAUUCAGAACAUGACUGGAUUUUGUUAAAUAUGAAUAUGGCUGGGUACUACAGAGUUAAUUAUGAUCCAUUACAUUUGAAGAGAUUAGCACAACUGCUUGAAAAAGACCCAAAGGCUAUUCCAGUCGUCAACAGGUUACAUUUGAUAGACGAUGCUUUUACAUUGGCACAGGCUGGAUAUAUUGAGAUUGAGUCUGCAUUUGAACUAACAAAGUACCUUGCCAAAGAAGAUGAAAUAUUUGUGUGGUAUUCAGUACUGUCAAACCUAAUACCUGACAAUUUGGAAAAUAUUCUGAACAACUAUGAAUUAUAUCCCUUUUUAAAGAAAUAUCUGUUAAAGAGAAUGUUGCCAAUAUACCAUUAUUAUGCAAGUAUUAUUCAUCAAAAUGUUGAUGCUUUGGCGGAUGACUAUUUUGAUCAAAUUCAUUUGGAAAAACUUAUUAAUACAGCAUGUUGGCUGGGUCUCCAAGACUGUUUAAACCUAUCUUCUGAACUUUACGCUAAGUGGAUGGAGAACCCUGACAAUGAGAUUCCCUUUACUAUUAAAAGAACAAUCUGUUGUUAUGGUGUUGCAAUGGGAAGUGAUAAAGAAUGGGACUUUGCAUGGAAAAUGUAUAAUCAUAAUAAUUCCACAGAAAUAGAUAAGGAUAUAAUGCUCUUUGCCAUGAGUUGCACCAGAGAGUCAUGGUUGCUUUACAGAUAUUUGCAGUACUCACUCAACAAUUCAUUAUUGUCUUCUGAUAAUAUAUCCAUAGUCAUUUCAAAUGUGGCAGCUACUGAGAUUGGCCAACGCAUAGCAUGGGAAUUUGUAACAGAAAAUUGGCUAGCUUUAAAUGAAAGGCAUAGGAAUGGAAUACUACAGAAAUUAUUGAGAGUUAUGGAAAACUUUGUCAAUACAGACUUACAGAUCCAAGAAUUGCAGCUUUUUUACAAUACUACACUGGACAAGGAUCUACAGAUUGCUACUACUGAAACACUGCAGUUUGCUAAAUUUGCAAAUAAUGAAAGGAGAAAACUCAUAGCCAGAUUUACUGAUUGGUUACGGAAAAAUAUAGAUGACUGACUUCUGAAAUCUGUUUCUCAUAUCUAUUCUAAUAUAUAUUAGAAUAUAGCUUGCUAGCAUUUUUAUACUAUUUUAUGAUUUAAUAAAGAGAUGAAGCACAUGAUUUAUAUUCGAAACCAAAGAUUCUAACCACAAAGCCAGGCCGACCUUAUUCACAGUGGAAGGAUAAAAUUCUACAGAAAACAUGCAAGAAAACUAUUUGCGUAUUACAUCUAUCUUAUUUCCAUACAGGAUGAUGCUUGAGAGACUUAUCCUUAAAUAAAGUCAAGAAAAAUCUGCAGAAACAUUUUUUAAAUAUGUCAGCACUUUGGAGGACUCAGCCCUGUGAUUAAAACACAGGACUGGAGGUUAGAAGACUUGGGUUUUAUUCUCUGUUCUGCUGCUGGCUUGGUGUGUGACUUUUAGGCAAGUCAUUUAAUCACACUGAACCUCAGUUUUUGUAUUUGUGAAAAGGGAAUGGGGACAAUAAUACGUAAGUUAGAGCAGUGUUAUGGAACUUUAACUCUUGAACAUUUGUUUGCGAAGCGCUUCUUGAUCCUCAGAGGGAAGGCACUACAGGAAUCCAAAGCUUAAGUUUUUAUAUAUUGAGUGCUUUUUCAUCUACACUAAAUUUCAUUAGAAAAUUUUUAGAAGUUUUACUUUCUUCCUGCCUAUUAUUAGGCUUAAUGGAGAUGACUGACAGCCAAAUAAAACUCAGGCCAUUAGUAUUAAAGCACGUGUAUUAGCUUUUGGUUAAAGUGUAUUAGUUUGUGGGUUUGUUUAUUUGCACAGUUAACAAAUUAUGAAAAAACGAAGUUGCAGUACUACCCCUAUAAACAGAGAAAGUAAUAUUACAUUACCCUAGUGAAACCCAGUGAGGAAGUAACAGGCAGUGUUAUAAAGGAAAUAAAGAGCACAAACAGAGCAACAUCCAGGAUUUCAAAAUCAGAGUUUUUCAAUGUGGAAAAUCCUUUAUUGGGUUCCCAGUGCACAUCCAAGAAAGCUGACAGCCACAUCCUUAGCCCCAUCACAACCCCCAAUGUCUAAACUUGGAGCUGGGGGUUGUGAUUCCCAGCUUGAGGAGACAUGUAGCUGUGGCAGCGCUGGCAGCAGGAAAGGCUAGCCACCCUGAGUACGUGCCUAUGGUCUUGGCUGGGUACAUACUUGGGGUGGGUAGCCCCUCCCACUGCUCCUAUGGCUGUGGCUACACUCUAUUUUUAGCACACAACGGUGCAAAGUAUAAUUAAAGCUGCCUUAAGGCAGGAUUGGAGGAUUCUGUCAGCACAGGGGAUGUAUAUGCUGAUGUAGCCAGCUCUAUGCUAGACACUCCUGGUGUCCCCAGCACCCAUUCCAGGAUGGGGAGGAUUUGGGGGCGGAAUGCAAUAUGUUCCACUGAUCAUGGAUGGCAAAGGAGCUGCUCCCUGCUGGCAUGACUUAGAGCUUCUUCAUAUAGAUGCAGGGACUGAUUUGGCCCCCUGCAGGAUUGGUGUGAGGUGGAAAGGUAAUGGAAUGACACCGGGGCACCGCUCUACACAAUCUCAUUGCAGGAUUUAUGUACCUAACUUUCAGCACCCAGCCUAUCCAAACCAUUGUCUUUCCCAGCUAUUUGUAACCAUUCUCCCCUUUUCUUGUUUACAGAAAUGUCAGGUUUUUUACUGAAUAAAAAUACGCUAAUAAUUUAAUCACCAAUCUGUAAAUAUUUACAAAAGCAAUUGUAAAUAAGAAAAUAUUUCAAAAUCACUAUUGAUUAAUUGUGUGCUUCUUUAAUAACAUAUCCUUUAUGUCCUUACAGCAAUAAUAUAGUGAUUGAUUUUUCUAGGGUUUAUACCAUAUUGUACAUCUCUUUUCAAGCCUGAGACUAAAUAGCAGGAAGAAAACACAGAAUUAUUUGGUGCUUAAUGUUGGCAGCCACUCAAAGAAAAAGAAAGCGAAUCUUUUACCUCUUGAUACUGCUUCUUGCUGUGCUGAGAAUAGGUAGUCGAAAACUGUCUAAGAAUGUAUCCCUUUUCCAGGUAAUUCUGUUUGGAAUAACUGUAGAGGCAGAAUAGCAGGGAGAGAAUUACUUAGAUUUGUUCAAGUAUGAAAAUAACAACAUGGUAUCUCUAGUACUAUCCCUACCCUUUCAGCCUGCUGUCAUAAGCAAAAUCUUCUAUGAGAGAAAGAGAGCCUCAAUUACUGAUUCCAUUAUGG